AUGCAGUACGCAACUGCCCUCCUCCUCAACGUCCUCGCCCUUGCAUCUUCCGUGUCGGCGAACCCGCGACGGCACAGUGCGAAGCUGGGUGCUGUCGCGUCCGAGUGCGCGGUCUGUAGUCGCAUAGGGACGGAUAUCUUGACGGCUGGUGGUGGUAACGCCGCCGAUGCGAUUGUGGCGACGCAGUUGUGCGUGGGUGUGAUUGCCAUGUACCACUCGGGGGUGGGGGGAGGAGGCUUUGCGACUGUGAGGUCGGAGGAUGGGAAAUACGAGCGUCUCCCCCGACUUCCAUUUGUCGACUUCCGAGAGACGGCCCCCGCGGCUGCCUUUCAAGACAUGUAUAAAGCGCAGACCAACCUCUCUCUGUACGGUGGGCUCGCCAGUGCGGUUCCGGGAGAGUUGCGUGGUCUCGAGUAUAUCCACCAGAAGUACGGAUCCAUUCCCUGGAAGAAGUUGGUCCAGCCUUCCAUCAAGCUCGCCAGGUUCGGUUUCGCGGUCACGCCCGAUCUUGUCAGCUACAUGGGCUCCAGCACGUUCAUGGUGACGGAUCCAACUUGGGCCAUCGAUUUCGCUCCCAAUGGCACGAGAUUGGGAUUGGGUGAUACCAUGACCCGAAAGCGCUAUGCAGAUAUGCUCGAGACGGUCGCCAAAGAGGGACCAAACGCGUUCUACUACGGAGCUCAAGCUGCGGCUACGAUCCAAGCUCUGCAGGCCGACCAAGGAACGAUGUCUGUUGCGGAUCUUGCAAACUACACCGUAGUCAGCAGAGCCGUAGCCAACAUCACCUACAGGGGCUUCAAGAUCAACACGGGCACUGCUCCUUCAGGUGGUUCUGUUAUGAGCAGUAUCAUGAAGAUCAUUGAGGGCUAUGACAUGUCGAGUCCUUCCAGGAUCAACGAAUCCACCCACUAUCUCAACGAAGCCAUGCGCUUUGCCUACGGGCAGCGAACCCAGCUCGGAGAUCCCGCCUUCUUCGCCAAUCUGACUGCCUACCAAGAAGGCAUGUACUCCGAUGAGACCGCGGCUCUCGUGCGAAGCAUGAUCAUGCCGAACGUGACCUUGGACGUCGCAGCCUACAACCCGAACGGCUACCAGAUCCUCAGCGACGAUGGCACCUCGGCCACCGUCAGCGCCGACAAGAGCGGCUUGACCAUUGCCAUGACCAGCACCAUCAACACGAUCUUCGGCAGCCGCCUCAUGGUCCCCGAGACGGGUGUGAUCAUGAACAACGAGAUGAACGACUUCUCCAUCCCCAACACGACCAACGCCUUCGGAUACAUCCCCACGGAAGCCAACUUCAUCCGGCCCUUCAAGCGUCCCCUCUCGUCCAUCGCGCCCACGAUCGUCGAGCACCCCAACGGCGAGGUCUACAUCUGUCACGCCUCCGCUGGAGGCUCCCGCAUCAUCACCGAAGUCGCCCAGCACCUCUGGCACACCCUGGACCAGAACAUGACCUCUGCCCAGGCCCUCGCCCAGCCGCGUAUGCACGACCAGCUGUCGCCGAACGUCGCCUCGUUCGAGUACGGCAGCGACCGCUACGGCCUCGCGGGAUACAGCAACCAGACCACUGCCUACAUCGCCAGCACCGGCGCGGCGAUCAACUUCGUGGCCGUGGGGGGCUCGACGGCGCAGGCCUUGCGGCUCUUGCCGAAUGGGACCUUCGAGGCGGCGGGGGAGCCGAGACAGCUGAAUAGUGCUGGUUAUGCUGUUUGA